CCCCAAUCUCACCCUCGUCGAGCCAGAGUCAUCGUCUCCAGUUCUCCGCCCAAAAUCCAUGUCUUCCCACCAUUGACGUUUGAAACUCGCCUCAUGUUACACAAUUUUCGCAACCCACGCUUCCUUCUUUUUCUUUCUCUCACAAAAUUGUAGUCCUCCGAUGGUAUCGACCUCCCUUGGAGUUUUCGCCCCAAAAAUUGAAGACUUGGAAACACAUAUAGUCAUCUAGAGUUUUUUUCGAGUAUGGGUUCCCUCUUUUCUGAUACUUUUGAUUUCCAAUUGCUUUUUUGUGUACUAUGUUUUUCUUGUGUCUGCUUGUAAAUCAAGUGAAGAAGCCCAUUCAUGAUCUGCUGUACGCAUGGAGAAAGUUGAAAUUGGAGUCAUGGAAGGCAUUGCUUGACGAAGUGCAGGAUCAAUAUGAGAUUAAUGCUGGAAAGUUGUGGUUUUCUCUUUACUCAGUUCUACCAAAGCGAACUUCACCUGAUGCUACUGAAUACAAAUUGUCUACUAUCCAAAUUGUGGAGGACUUCAUUUGCACAUCCAGCUUUGGUGAAUUUAGAAAAAGCCUUCAACUUCUUUUUGCGUUCCUUGGCCAUAUAAAAACUGGCGCUGCAAAGGAGUUUGAGACAGAACUUAAAAAAGAACCUGAGCCUAAUACAGAGGUUCGCACUGAUGAACCUACCAUGGUGAGUGAAGAACAAAAACCAGAAGUCAAGGUCCCAAGCUCCCAGGAAAAAGUAUGAGGUUGUAGGAAUCACUCAUAUGACACAUUAUUAUUUUUGUUGUUGUGAGACAACAAAGAUCUGGAACAAGACGAGCUAUGGUGUGUUUGAUUCUUCAGGUUUUGGAUGCAAGACGAUUUCUACCUAGAUCUAGUGGAUUGGUUUUCGCAUAAUAUAUUGGCUGUGGGUUUGGGAAUCUGUUUAUUUGUGUAAUACUUUUAGUAGUAAGGUGAGCUCUUAGCUCUACAAAAUCAAUGUAUAGACUUUGUCAAAUGUAAUGUGCAUUUUUUGAGAACACAGAGCUGUGAUUAUGCGAAUCUGGAAGGUUCUUUUUAUUUUGUACUUCAUAGUAUUAUUGAAAGAAUGAAAUCAGUCUACAUGAAUGUUGUAUUAUACCACAUUGAGAAAUUGUUAGCAGGUUUAGCUUUAAUUUGGGUGCAUUUUGUUUUCUUGGUUA